ACAAUCAAUUUUACUAUCAUUUCAUAUGAUUACUUUUUCUCUUUACCCUCAAUAAUUAUAAUCAUUAAUUUGAUUGUGAUUCGAAGAGUAUAAGAGUAUUUAUUAACUUCGUUUUAAUUGUUCGGUGUUUUUUUUGUCAUUUUCUUUUACGUUAACAGUUGAUUGACUAAUUAAUUGGAUCUAAAUCAUGACCGUUACCAAUCGGAAGAUCAGUGGGGCAACAGAGUUCCGUGAAUUGACCAAGAAAGAUGCUCCCGCUGUUCUCAGGUCAGAAUUUGAGAAAUUAACUCGAGAUGUUCCCGCUGGUCAACGUGAACGACUUCUCCAGGAUUUCCAAGGGUUCGAGAAACUAUUCGCCAAAUAUAUGGUCGAAACUGGACCUUCCAUUUUCUGGGAGAAAAUCGAACCCCCUCCGCCUGAUGCAAUUAUCGACUACGGAGAUUUACAAACACCCAACCUUGAACAAAUUCGUUCGUAUCUUGAUAAGUUGGUCGUCGUUAAACUGAACGGAGGCCUUGGUACUUCGAUGGGCUGUGUUGGCCCAAAAUCGUUAAUCGCUGUUCGUAAUGGACUAACUUUCCUUGAUUUAACUGUUCAAAACAUUGAACAAUUGAAUAAAAAUUACAACGUCGAUGUGCCUUUGGUCCUGAUGAACUCAUUCAACACCGAUGCUGAUACCGAAAAAGUGUCCAGAAAAUAUCGAGGCUGCAACGUCAAGAUUUACACCUUUCUGCAAAGCCGUUACCCUCGACUCAACAAGGAGACACUUUUACCUGUGGCCACAAGUAUCGACGGCGAUCCAGAAGAUUGGUAUCCCCCUGGUCAUGGCGAUUUCUAUGAUUCUUUUGCCAAAUCUGGCCUAUUAGCCGAUUUCAUUGAACAAGGUAAAGAAUAUGUAUUCGUGUCCAAUAUUGAUAAUCUUGGAGCGACCGUUGAUAUUAAUAUCCUUAAAUAUUUACUGGACACCGAUUCCGCUCAUCGACCUGGUUUCGUGAUGGAAGUGACCGAUAAAACUCAGGCCGAUGUUAAAGGUGGAACCUUAAUUCUGUACGAGGGUAAAUUACGAUUACUUGAAAUCGCUCAGGUACCAAAAGAUCAUGUGGAAGAGUUUAAAUCGGUGAAAAAGUUCAAAAUAUUCAACACUAACAAUCUAUGGAUGAGCUUAAAAUCAAUUGAUAAACUGGUCACUUGCAACGGGAUUCACAUGGAAAUCAUUUCCAAUCCGAAACAUUUAGCCAAUGGACUGAAUGUUAUUCAAUUGGAAACUGCUGCUGGAGCUGCAAUGAAAGAUUUCACCAAUUCCAUUGGUAUCAAUGUACCUCGAAGUCGUUUCCUUCCGGUCAAAAAGACUCAAGAUUUACUCUUAAUCAUGUCCAAUUUGUAUUCCCUUAAUCAAGGAAGCCUGACCAUCAAUCCAGCUCGACCUUUUCCAACGAUACCUUUGGUUAAAUUGGGUGACACUCAGUUUGCCAAAGUUCGUGAUUUCCUCCGUCGAUUUGCUUCCAUUCCCGAUAUACUUGAGCUCAACCAUCUAACGGUAUCGGGAGACGUGACCUUUGGAUCGGGUGUUAAACUCAAGGGAACCGUUAUAAUUAUCGCCAAUCAUGGUGAUAGAAUUGAUAUUCCUUCGGGUUCAGUUUUAGAAAAUAAAAUUAUCUCUGGAAAUUUAAGAAUUUUAGAUCAUUAAUUGAUCGACAAUACUCUUGAUAAUGAAAAGGAGAUUUAAUUAUCUACCUGUUUAAUUGCUGAAAUUAAUUCUAAUAAUUUUCCAAUCGAGGAGACACACAAAUACUAAUCAAAUUGUUAUCAUUGUGAUCGAAAAAAAUAUCCAAUUGUUUACCUUUGCGAUCAACUGUCAAUCUUGUGAAAUCCUCUGAAAUUUAAAAAUUAAAGAGUCAAUUACAAUUAA